UAGCCCGCUUACAUGAACCAUUCAGUCCGACUCGUAGACUGGUUUUGUAAACAGAUUCAUUGGAAAGAUCCGACUCUAAACGAAUGAUUCAUUCACGAAUCGGUCAUCGCUUGAAACACGUGGUUCUGUAACCAGGAGAACCGUCCUCUGAAGCUCAACAAUGGGCAGUGUGUUGGCUGCCAGUGCCCCCAGCCCGCCUGUACCAGGGCCAGGUGGACAAGGUUUGGUAUCAGUGCCACCAGGAUUCACAAUGCCCUCCGUCUCACCCGUCUCUGCCCCUGGCAGCUCUUCAGCUGGGCACCAGGAGACCGAGCCUCCCCUUCCAAACCCAGGUGGCUUUGAAGAGUGCCAUCGCAAAUGCAAAGAGGUUUUUCCAAUGCAGAUGGAGGGUGUUAGACUAACAGUGAAUAAGGGCUUAAGCAACCACUUCCAGGUGAACCACACAGUGUUGUUGAGCACUCAAGGAGAUUCCAGUUACAGGUUUGGAGCUACUUAUGUGGGGACCAAACAAACAGGACCAGGAGAGGCCUUUCCCGUCAUGGUUGGUGACAUGGACAACACAGGGAGCCUAAAUGCACAGAUUAUUCAUCAGAUCACAAACAGAGUGCGCUCUAAAUUUGUCUUCCAGACUCAGCAGCAGAAGUUUGUGAACUGGCAAGGAGAUGCUGAAUUCAAAGGGGAAGAUUUCACUGCUGCUGUGACCUUUGGCAACCCAGACAUGUUGGUGGGGUCUGGAAUUGUUGUAGCUCAUUAUCUCCAGUCUGUCACUUCGUCAUUGGCAUUAGGAGGAGAGUUAGUGUACCACCGCCGGCCAGGAGAGGAGGGCACAGUCAUGUCUCUGGCAGGCAGAUAUACAGGCAGCAACUUUAUCGCCACAUUGACACUAGGAGGAGCUGGAGCUCAUGGGUCAUAUUACCACAAAGCCAAUGAUCAGUUGCAGGUUGGUGUGGAGUUUGAAGCGAGCACCCGUAUGCAGGAAACUAGUGUAUCAUUUGGGUACCAGCUGGACGUUCCCAAAGCCGACCUGGUCUUUAAAGGUUCUUUAGACAGUAACUGGGUGGUUGGAGCUACGCUUGAAAAAAAGCUGCAGCCUCUGCCUCUGUCUCUGGCCCUCUGUGCUUUACUUAACCACAGAAAAAACAAGUUCCAGUGUGGGUUUGGCAUCACCGUUGGUUAAACCUACCUUCUUUCUUGGUUAAUUCUUCAGUUUACACACCAGUGCCGUUGCUGGUGAAACGGUAAAGGUUCUACACACCUGUACAAAAUCAAUCAGUAACUAAGAAGCAAAACAAAGAGAUUUUUGUUAGUUCCAUGUAUCAGACCAACCCCAAGGGUUUCAUAUUCUUGUAACAUAAACAAAAAACAAUGAAAAUUCCAAUAUCCAAAAAAAAGUAACCUGACGCAUUAGGAGAACCAAGAAGAAAUACACAUACACACAUAAAUUUGUCACUCUUUUUGUGUUGUUUAUCGUCCAGUUCUUUUUAUAAAUUAUUUCCUUGUUUAUUUUUCAUUUCAUUGUCACAAUCUUUUUAAAAUUUGUUGCUGAAUCUCUGUACUCAUGUAGGAACCUACAUAAAUAAUAAUAAAAAAAAAAAAUGUGUGCAUUGCCGGUACUGACAAACAUGGAUAAAUUAUUAAAACAAACAUAUCUAUCUAACAAACUGAGAUGUAGGUUUAAGAUUUAUGAAUAUAUUUUUGUGGGUGUGAAAAAUACAUUAUUUAGAGGUAGAAAGCCUUUUUUUUCUUAUAAAUUUGUCUCUCAACCACUGUUGCAUGGUUGAGAAACAUCCAACUAAGCCAAAAAAUAUUUUCACAUGUUAUAAUCCCAAAUUUAUGCCAUUUCCCACAUUGUUAUAAUUUUUGGUUGCACUUUAUUUUACAGUGCUGUAGUUACAUUGUAAUCACUCAAGUACUGAGUACUAUUAAUUAACUACAUUUACUUAUUAUAGAGUUACAGUUAGGGUUAGGGUUUAAUUUAGGGUUAGUUAAUUGUAAUUAUGUAUAAUUUACUGUUAUUACUAUAGUAAGUACAUGUAGUAACGUGUAACUACGGCACUGUAAAAUAAAGUGUUACCUAGUUUGUUUGUUUUUUCCCCACCAUCUGCAGUGCCUUCAUGAAUAUGUAUUUUGAGUAUUGCCUAAUGACAUUUGCACAACAAGUGGUAAAAUACAUUGUGUAUGAUUAAAAGGUUAUUUAAGUGUAAUACUGAUUACUACAGCUACUUAGACAUUAAUGGUUAGAAUAUUGUGCAGUAGAUGAUAUGACUUUGCUUUACUAACAUUAUCACAAACAGAAUUUUUUUUGACUUUUUUUUUUUUUUAGUUAGGAGAACACAUGCCACAAAAGAACAUAGAAAAAAACCCUUUGUGCCAUUCUGUGUGAUUGUAUGUUCAGCAGAUAUCAGGAUCUUUUAAAUGCAGAUAACUGCUGUCAUGAAGAGGGCAAUGUCCAGAAGAAUCUUCUUUAAAACCUGACACAUCAGUUAUUAAUACAUCAACCUUACAUUAAUACGUGCAGACCAACAUGCACAGACACAAAUGUACCUCUGCACCUAAAAGAUAACUUCACAUGACUGCAAAUGAAUAAUUAUGAGAGAGUCCUAUUAGUUUUUACUUUUUGUCCAUAAUUAAUGCUAUUCCAGUGGGAUUAUAGCAAUGCUCAGAUUAUUUUUAUUUAGAUCACUAAACCAUUUAAUUGAAUAAUGUUAAGUUACUACUGUGGAAUCUAAUUAUAUUAAGAUGUAUAACAGAAAUUCAUAUUUUCAUUUAAAAAAAAAAAAUUGAAUAUACCUUUAUAACGCUAUACAUUGUGUUAUAUUGCCUUGGCAGUAAAUUCAAAAAUGAAUUAACGCUGCUUCGAGGGUGUUUCUAAUACGUCGACUGAGGGAGUGACGGCAAAUUUCACAACUUUUUCUCCUGACUGCUGUAAUCAAUCUCUCAAUAUGUUUCACUAUUUUAGAAAAUUGUGAAAAUGCUAUCGUGGAUUGUUUUCUUUUGCUAUUGGAACAAAUGCAAAUACAAAAAUUAUAUUUGCUGCCAUCUCCCAUUCACCGCUAUAGACAUUUACCCAACUAUGACGACUUCCGCUUCUGAGAACCUCAGAAAUGUGAAAAGGGUCCAUUGUUGUAUAAAAGGGAAACUGCCAAGUGUUUUAUUUCAUUAUUGAAAUAAUGUGACGGUUCAUUCUCAUACGUUUUCUUUUUUAUAUUGUUUUAGCUUGGAUGGUUUAAAUAACAGUGAUAUUAAAUGCAUGACAUAUUUUCUGCAUAGGAAUGCAGCCAUAAUAACCUGUUUUGAAUGGAAUGCAACUAGAUCAAUAUGACAGAAGCUCAGUGGUCAGUUCUCAUUGUUCUCCUUGACCUGAUUGAUAAGUGCAGAUGCAAACAGUCUUGAUGGCAGUUUUGUGUAAUUGGAUAAACGCCUAGACACGUGAUUUACAAUAUUGCUUAAAGUAACCUUUUACCUCACUGAUGUACUGCGGAUGUGUUCUUUUAAGACUGUGUCUUAAACCAAUAAAUGCAUCAGUUUAAAAUGAAA